AUGCUGCAUUUGGUGGUGCCCGGCUGGGCGCGACCGCGCCAGAUGAUCGGCAAGGAGGCCACCGAAUUGAAGCUCUAUGGCACCACGGGUGAGCCAUGCCUUUUCAAGCAUGUCUCACCGCGUGACAUUCAGCAGGGCUACUUGGGUGAUUGCUGGUUGGUCUCCUCCUUCUCUGCACUUGCGGAGUAUCCGGACCGCGUGCGAUCACUCUUCAAGCAGAAGAGCCUUUCAGCAGAUGGACGAUAUGAUAUUCGGCUCUAUUGCCCGCAUGAGGAGGAGUGGAAAGUCAUCACGAUCGAUGACCGCUUGCCGUAUUGGCAGCGCCCAGGCCAAUAUGGAAACCUGUGCUUCGCGAAGCAAAGCACUGAAAAUGAGUUCUGGCCUUGCCUCUUGGAGAAGGCAGUGGCCAAGUUGGUCGGAGCCUAUUACCGUAUUGAUGGUGGGUUUGAGAGCAUCGCUUUGGAGAUGCUCACGGGGAAGCCGGCGAUAAACAUUGGCAUCAGCGAAGCAGGGACGCAUCAGCCUUACGGCAUUUUAACCGGCCCAGAUGAGAAGCAGGUCACGCACGCGAGUGUUUACCUGCGUAAGACUGGGUUCGACGCUCACUGGGGCUAUUGGGGGCAAGAUGCCUCAAAGUUUUGCAACAACAAGACCGACCUGAGUGAUGCUGACUUGUGGUCUACCCUGAAGUCCUGGGACAAGGAGGGCUACAGCAUUGCGUGUGGUAGCCGCGGGAACUACCAGGGGAUCAUCGCGGGGCAUGCCUACACUAUGCUGCGGACAGUGGAGGUACAGGUGCUGCGUCAAGGGAAGAGCUUGAAAUUCCAAAUGCUUCACGUGAGGAACCCUCACAUGACGAAUGAGUGGAAAGGCAAGUGGUACGAUGAUGACCGAGAGACCUGGAACAAGUAUCCUGAGGUGAUGAAAGCAUGCGACCACAAGGUGGGUGUGAAAGACAACGGCGUGUUUUGGAUGGAGUGGGCCGAUUUCAAGAAGGGCUUUGCGGAGCUGGCCGUCUGUUUCGACAACCAGCAGGAGGGGCCGCGCUACACCGACCAGUCAGAACAGGCACAAGAAGACCACGCACACGUCAGCUUUGGUCGAACCGGCCACCAGCGAUGGGAGGGUUUGUAG